CCGGCCCGGGCUCCAAGAUAGGCGGAGCCUCUCGUCUCAGAAUGAGGCUGUCCCCGCCUCCGUGUUCCACCCUGCCCCGCGACCGGAAAUAAGAGUUGUGGCUUCCGGCUCCUCCCUCACCAUUCGAGGCUGCCGAUCUGUCGGCUGGUUGUGUUUGUACCUCUCUGCCGGUUAUGGCCGCGGCCGUCGCUAUGGAGACAGAUGAUGCUGGAAAUCGACUUCGGUUUCAGUUGGAGUUGGAAUUUGUGCAAUGUUUAGCCAACCCAAAUUACCUGAAUUUUCUUGCCCAAAGAGGUUACUUCAAAGACAAAGCUUUUGUUAAUUACCUUAAGUACUUGCUUUACUGGAAAGAACCAGAAUAUGCCAAGUAUCUAAAGUACCCUCAGUGUUUACACAUGCUAGAACUGCUCCAGUAUGAACACUUUCGAAAGGAGCUGGUGAACGCUCAGUGUGCGAAAUUCAUUGAUGAACAGCAGAUUCUACACUGGCAGCACUAUUCCCGCAAGCGGAUGCGUCUUCAGCAAGCACUGGCAGAGCAGCAACAACAGAAUAACACAGCAGGAAAAUGAAGAGCUGAGACAGACCAGGCUCUUAGGACAUGUAUAUAAUGUAUUGCUAUGUACAGUACUGAUAAAAGAUGGUUCUUCCUGCCCACCUUUAUUAUGGUAGCACUCAGAACCGUUAGUAUUAUUUUUGGCCAGCAAACUUUAUAUUGUUAAUAGAUUAUUUCUGUUAAACCAGAA